AUGCGCUCACUGUCUACGGGGCGUUCAGAGGCAGACGGCCGGAAACGCGUCGAGUUCCUUGGUUUCAUCUGCGGAUCCUUGUUCCACAGGGGAGCGCUCCUUGGAUUCGCCUGGUUCUUCUCCUGCGCUUUUCAGAUCCUGCAGUUUUUUGCCGACCCCGAGCUGUCUUUUCACGAGAACCUGUGGGGAUUUGUCCACUUCGUUGAUGACUUCGUGACGAUGCCUUGCUACUACGCGUUCAGUACAGAAGCCAUGGACGCGGUGCGCCGGCGCGCAAACAGAGUGAUGUCGGUGGCGCUCAUGAAAGAGAUUCAACCGGUCGCCUUCAAGCACACGUGGCGACUGCGGCCUCGCGACGUCGACGCCAGCUUUUUUUCUCCCGCCUCUUCCUCAGACUCUGUGUUUUCUUCCAUCGUCCACAGUCUCCCGGUGCCUGGUUCUUCCGGGGGUUCUGCUGGCAUCCCUGCGUCGAUUUACGAACACCCGGAGGCGCUUUUGCCUCCUUCAGAUCCGGAGUCGUUCGUCUUUCCCGCUCGUGGAAAAGGCCGAGACCGACGGGCGAACGCCGACAGGGGGGAGAGAAAUGUGAUGGAGGAAAUUCUCUCUUUCGCGGGAAACAUUCGAGAAAAACUCUCUUUUUCUGGAGACACUGCAAACCAAGGAGACUCCGCAUCAGCGGGCUUCGCUCCUGCCGACGGGGAUCGGGGUGUACAGGCUCCGCGUGGCGAGAAGGGAAAAGGCAAGGAGAUCGAGGUAUCUCACACCAGCGCCAGUCGGCAGUAUUGGCGUCUACUCCCUCCGCUUCCUUCACAUGAGAACUCUCGCCAUGAAGAAGCGGGGGAAUUCGCUGGCGGGUUUCCUCUCGGCCUCGGAGUGCGAAACGGGAACAGGGCAGAGGACUCGGCAGGCGCGACGUUCACAACCAUCAACAUCACGGCGUACUUCCCUUCAGCUCCUCCCCACGCCUCUGAAGACGAGAGACAGCGAAACCUCGAAGAAGCUUUCAGUCUUCUGCGCCUUUUUGCCUCGCCUCACAGUCGGCUCCACGGCGAGGCGGGAGACCUUUCGGCGUCCACACCAGAAGGAUCUCUGCCGAGCAGCGCGACGGCGGAAGCAAACGGAAAAGGAAAAUGGCCAGGCGACGGGGGAGGCGGACGGGAAGACGAGCGACAGGGAGGAGGCAAAACCGUAGCCAGUUCCGAGGACGGAAGGGAAGGAGAAGACGCGUUGCCGAAGGCAAACCAAGGCGGAGGCAAAGCGACGGAAGAUGCGCUGGGCAGGGAACCUGCUCGUGCGAGUGAACAGGUUUCGAAGCAACACACUCGGCAAAAGACUUGGAGAGAAAAGCUGAAGCUGGUGUUUGGGGGGGGAAAGACGGGAGGAGGCGCCGACGACUGGCCCGACGAACUCUUCGAGAAGCACACGGAAUUUGUGUCUCCAGAUCUGCUCAACUGGAGAGAAGAGAGAGGCGAGAGUGAGACAGCGCGGCGGAAGGACACAACCGCGGGGAGGCCUGCUUUGUUUUUCUUCCACGGAGGCGGUCUCGUUAUGAGUGAUCACCGAGGCUACGACAAGCUGCUGCGACGGCUCAGCAACCUUCUGUAUCCUAGCGGAGCGCUGGUCUUUGCAAUCGAUUACAGACUGGCACCUGAGCACAAGUUCCCACUUCCUCUCCAGGACUGUCUCCAGGCGAUCUCCUUCGUCGUUGACCAGGCCAAGAUGUUUGGAGUCGACGGCUCUCGGCUGGCCAUUCUUGGAGACAGUGGCGGAGGAAGCCUGGCUGCCGCCGUGAUGGGCGAGGCGCUUCGACGGGUCGACGCGUUUCCCUGGGUUAAAAACGUCCGCUCGCUGACGCUCGUGUAUCCUUCCCUGUGUCGCGGAUGCGCCACACGGUCGCAGAUCGUCGACGGUUCACUGUUCUACCUCAAACGUGACAUCUGGUUUUCUUUGCUGUACUCGCCUGCCAUUGGCGCCCCAGACGACUGGCGCCAAAAGCCGUUCACCAUGCCUCCUGCGCUCCUUCGUCAGUUUCCUCCGACCUUUUUAGUUCUGUUCACUCAUGACAUCAUGUACGACAUCGGCGUCCUCUUUCACGAGAAACUCCGCCGCCACGGCGUCAGGACCGGCAUUUACAUUGCUCCUGGUUUCCACGGAUUUUUCGGUAGCGACCGGUGGAGCCGAUUUGGUGUGCCAUCGGUGGAGUGGACGGCCGACAGAAUCAUGAAAAGUUGGUGA